AUGGACUCGCCGUCGGGCGAGACGGCCGACGAUGAGCUGCUCGGCGCCGUCAACCUCAUGAUCCUGGGCGAGGGCGCCGUCGGCAAGUCGUGCAUGCUGCAGACGUACUGCGGCGACGCCGCCGACGCCGUCAAGAGCGCCACCAUCGGCGUCGACGUCUGCACGCGCGUGGCGUGCGUGCGCGGCCUGCCGGCCAAGCUGCAGUUCUACGACACGGCCGGGUCGGAGCGCUUCCGCGCGCUCAUCCGGCAGCAGUACGGCCGCGCGCACGGCGUGCUGCUCGUGUUCGACUUCACGCAGCGCGAGACGUUCCUGCGGCUGGACGGCUGCGCGUUCAACGCCGUGCAGGUGGGCUCGGUGCUGGACGACCUGGCGCACCGCGUGCUGCUCACGCCGCGGCUCUACCGGCCGGCCGUCGAGGCCACCGAGACGUACGUGCUGCUGCUCAAGCUGCAGACGCACGCGCACAUGCGCGCCGCUGACGCCGAGCGCCGCCUGGCGGCCGUCGAGGACCGGCUGGCGAAGCUGGAGAAGACGGCGCCCGACGGCAGCGGGGACUGA